AUGGUUACCAACAAUAGAAAAGAAGUCACUAAGGCAGAAGGAAGAGAAGAAGAGAAGAGCACGCGCACAGCCGUGUCCUGCUGGUAUGGUUUCAUGUUCGGCAGAAAAUCUGCUCGCAAGAAGUCACUAAGGCAGAAAGAUUCACCAACCCAGCAAUCGCAGAAGACAUCAAGCAGAGGAGAAGAACACGUGCACAGCCAUUUCCUGCUGAUAUGGUUUCAUGUUCGGCAGAAAAUCUGCUCGCAAGAAGUCACCAAGGCAGAAAAUCUGAUCAAAAGUCUUCGCCGUGGCAAUUCCGAACCCUCUUCUCCUCCUACACUUUCCUUUUGA